UGCCCGGAUGCAACAGCACUCAAAGAAGCAAACCUGGAGCUGUACAAGUUUGAGAUUGUCCUGUUGCCUUGGAGGUGAAGCAGAGGCAGCCUUGAAACUAUGAGAAUCCCACUUUCUCAUUUUCUUUGCAUCUCUAUGCUUCCGAUGAUUCACGGUGUCUUGGCAAGUAAAGCUGAAAACAGAGGUACUGAGGAUGGCAAGUCAAUAACAUGUGGCCAGGUGGUGACAAAAACCAAAAACCGUAUUGUUGGGGGAGAAGACGCCUCUCGGGGUGCCUGGCCAUGGCAAAUCAGCCUUCAGUACAAGGGGAAGCAUGCAUGUGGGGGGACACUCAUCAGUGCUGAUUGGGUUCUGACUGCAGCCCACUGUUUUCCAAGCAAUGUGAGAUUCUCUGACUAUCAAGUCAACCUGGGAAACUACCAGCUUUUGAAUCCGGAAAAGAAUGCUCAAUGGGUGAAGCUUUCAAAAGUGUUUGCACACAAGGCCUAUGCUGGGGAUGGGACCAGUGGUGAUAUAGCUCUAGCCCAGUUGGAACGUCCAGUCCACUUCACUGAAAGCAUCCUGCCGGCCUGCCUUCCAGAUGCUAGGGUCAAGUUCUCGAAUGGCACCUUUUGUUGGGUGACAGGAUGGGGAGCCCCAUCAUACGGAGCUUCCCUUGGAGGACCAAUGACAUUGCAACAGAUCAGGCUGCCCUUGAUAGACACAAUGAAGUGUGAUGAGAUGUACCAUAUUGGUACAAGUAUUAAUCCAAAUACCCGAGAGAUCCAGGAUGAUAUGAUUUGCGCUGGCUAUGAAACUGGAAAGAAAGAUGCUUGUGUGGGUGACUCUGGUGGUCCCUUGGUCUGCCAAGACAAUGGUGCCUAUUAUGUGGCAGGAAUCGUGAGCUGGGGUGACAUGUGUGCCCUUCCCAACCGCCCAGGUGUUUACACCCUUGUCAGCUUCUAUGAGGACUGGAUAAAGAAACACUAUCCCAGAGCCCAGUUUGGCCUCGUAAAUAUCACCUACAACAAAGUUAGACCAUCUAAUUCUGCUUCCAGCCUGUUCCAUACAGAUUUCAGUUUUUUUCUUCUGCUGACAGCCAUGUCCUUCAUUGGGAUCCUUCUGAAAUAGAAGGAUAGUAGGGCGUUCCAGUGUUUACCUCGUGGAGAUGAAGUGCUAUGGAAAAAGAUACCUUCCAUGACAAAUCUGUCUAGUUCUUUCUGAAUGGAUGGGAUUUGGAAAGUUAUUGAAAGUUCCAUAUUUUGUCGUCAUCGUCGUCAUCAUCAUCAUCAACAUCAUCAUCAUCAUCAUCAUCAUCAUCAUCAUCAUCAUCAUCAUCGCAGUCAUCAAAACAUUGCCUUUAUAGACUUCAAUCUCAAUGGAGAUGAGACUGGGAAGACUUUUUUAAUUGUCUGAAGAUUAUUGGUAAUCUGAUGGCUUCUGCUGUUUUAUCAUAAAUCCUAGUUGACAUCUUAGAAGCCUAGUUCUUUUUGAAUGGAUUUGAGAAAGUUCUAGGCGGGUCUAUGUUUUGUCAUUAUGGUAAUUGUUGUCAUUGUCAUCAUGGUCAUGGUCAUGGUCAUCACAAUAAUUACAACUUUAUGGACUUACAGCCAUGCUAGAGGUGAGGCUAUGAAGAACGCUUAUCCAUGAAGGAGCAGGACUUCUUCAGUUCAAAAACUGCCAUACAUCUCUUCACCUGUCUCAGAAUUAUCCCUUACAUUGGAAAUGGGACUCUUGCAUUGUGUUCCAUAUGGUGCUACUCAUGUAAACUAGUGAAUAUAUGCAUAUUUGCACAAUCUGUGAUAUCCGAAUUUCUCUUUUGGGAGCUGGGGUAGUUGAGGGUAACCUCAGAUUUGUGUGUGCAAAACUUAACAGCAGCCAGUGCUCACUAUCAUGCUAUUACUGUACACCUUAUGGCCAUUUUAUUGCUGGUGAAGACUGGUAAAGAAACAUCUGGCUUUGUCCCUAUAGCGGGGAACAUAAUGAGGACAUCUGCCUUGAGAUCUGCUGGUGCCUUUGCUUUGCUUCUAGCCAUGAUAACAUAACCAGACACUGUUUU